GAAGGAGUUGUUCUGGAUUAGAAGGGGAACGAAAGAUGGCGGCGGAGACGCUGCUGUCCAGUCUGUUGGGGCUACUGCUUCUGGGGCUCCUGUUACCCGCAAAUCUGACCGGCGGUGUCGGGAGCCUGAACCUGGAAGAGCUGAGUGAGAUGCGUUAUGGGAUCGAAAUACUGCCGUUGCCUGUCAUGGGAGGGCAGAACCAAGCUUCGGACGUGGUGAUUGUCUCCUCUAAGUACAAGCAGCGCUAUGAAUGUCGCCUUCCAGCUGGAGCUAUUCACUUCCAGCGUGAAAGGGAGGAGGAGGCACCUGCUUAUCAAGGGCCUGGGAUCCCUGAGUUGUUGAGCCCAAUGAAAGAUGCUCCCUGCCUGCUGAAGACCAAAGACUGGUGGACGUAUGAAUUUUGUUGACGCCACAUCCAGCAGUACCACAUGGAAGAUUCAGAGAUCAAAGGUGAAGUCCUCUAUCUUGGCUACUACCAAUCGGCCUUCGACUGGGAUGAUGAAACAGCUAAGGCCUCCAAGCAGCAUCGCCUGAAACGCUACCACAGCCAGACUUAUGGCAAUGGGUCUAAGUGCGACCUCAACGGGAGGCCCCGGGAAGCUGAGGUUCGGUUCCUCUGUGACGAGGGUGCUGGUAUUUCUGGUGACUACAUUGACCGUGUGGAUGAGCCCUUGUCCUGCUCUUACGUGCUGACCAUUCGGACUUCUCGGCUCUGCCCUCACCCUCUCCUCCGGCCCCCACCCAGUACUGCUCCCCAGGCCAUUCUCUGUCACCCUGCCCUGCAGCCUGAGGAGUACAUGGCCUACAUCCAGAGGCAAGCUGACUCGGAGCAGAAUGGAGACACAGCCAGAGACGGACUGCAAGACCUGGACCCUCCAACGUGGAGUGAGACCAAGCCUGGGGUGGGACCCACAAAGAAAACAGGUGCAAGCCCAGCCAAGGAGGACAGUAAGGAAUCAGAUUUCUGGAAGAUGCUUCAUGAGCCAGAAGAACAGGCCCCAGAAGGGGAGGAGGCGCAGGCUGAGGAGCAGGAGCCAAAUCUUGAGGCUGCAGAUCCAGUGCCAGGCUCUCCCGAUGAUUUUCAGAACAAUGUGCAGGUCAAAGUCAUUCGGAGUCCCGCAGACUUGAUUCAGUUGAUAGAGGAGCUGAAGGGUGGAACAAGAAAGGGGAAGCCAGAUGCAGGCCAAGAGCAGCCUGCAGACGGUGCCACAGAAGCCCCUCCCAGGGAACCAGAGGUGAAGGAAAAGAGUGACCCAGAACAUCAGAACGAGGUGGAAGAGGAGGACGACGAUGAGGAUGAAGACGAUGAGGAUGAACGGCAGUUGCUGGGGGAAUUUGAGAAGGAACUGGAAGGGAUACUGCUCCCAUCAGACCGAGACCGGCUGCGUGCCGAGGUGAAGGCUGGCAUGGAGCGGGAGCUGGAGAACAUCAUCCAGGAGACAGAGAAAGAGCUGGACCCAGAUGGGCUGAAGAAGGAGUCGGAGCGUGAUCGGGCUAUACUGGCCUUGACAUCCACUCUCGACAAACUCAUCAAAAGGCUAGAGGAAAAACAGAAUCCAGAGCUGUUGAAGAAGCACCGGAAAAGGAGGGUUAUCCCCCAAAAGCCUCCCCCGUCUCCCCAGCCAUCAGAGGAGGAUCCUGAACACAGAGUCCAGGUCCGGAUCAUCAAGCUCCGUCACGGAGGCCCCAAUCGGGAUCUGACUGUCCUCCAGAUGAAACCAGAAAACCCACAGCUGAAACAAAUCGAGGGGCUGGUGAAAGAGCUGCUGGAGAGGGAGGGACUCACAGCUGAAGGGAAAAUUGAGAUCAAAAUUGUCCAACCAGGGACGGAAGGGACUGAAGAGGAUGCACGUUGGCUGACUGAUGAGGACACAAAACACCUCAAGGAGAUUUUCUUCAAUAUCUUGGUGCAGGGAGCUGAAGAGGUGCAGAAAGAGCGGCAGCGGCAGAAGAAGCUGGAGAGCAAUUACCGCCGGGUGUGGGGCUCCCGCGACGGGGAGGGCACGGGGGACCUGGACGAAUUUGACUUCUGAGACCGCCACUGUCGGCUCGCCAAGGAGUCCAGAGUCUUCCUAGACUGGCCCUGCCUCCUCCCCUCACCCCUACUCCCCAGGGCCCUGAAGGCAAAAUAGCAGAGGAGAGCUAAGCUGUGAAGCUGUGCCUUCGAGGCCCACCUGGGGAUGUGAGGGACCCCGGGAGGAGUGCUGCUGCUGCUGCUGCUGCUGAGAGCCGUCCUCAAGACCUCCCAGGCCUGUGAGAUCUGCUCUCCCAGGCUUCUCCCCCCUACUCACUUCCUUUUCUCCCCAGCUUCCCCUGUUGCCGUUCUCCAACUUAGGGGUUCAUUUCCCCCCUUACCGAGAGCGUGGCGAGAUCUUUUGAGUGAGUAGAGCAGGGGGAGCAAGAAGCGUGGGGGCAGAUCAGCAGGCCCUGAGAGGCCGGCCCCCACCCCUGCCCCACUAUUGUCACCUUCCCCUCUUUCCCCAGAUUGGCUAGGGAUGUCUUGCCCUUGCCCUUUCCACACUGUUCCCUACAAUCUGUGCUUCUGAGUUGAGGCACUUUCCCUCUGUUGCUAAGAAAAUGGAAAGAAAGUUGCCCAUCACCACCUCUGACACAAUCCUGUGAGAAGGAUGGGCUACAGCCCCACUCACCAUGUUCUUGAACAAUCAGGUUUCUAAAUAAAGAACUGGACCAUCAAAUCA